UCUUCUACCUAUUUAUUGACUCGACUCACGACCGCAGGCUACUCAGUCGCUCUACUCGCCCCCGUCUACUCUCGGGUCUCUGCGAACACAAGAACGAGGCCGACUCGAAUAGAUACCACAGGCUCCGUCAAGUAACCAGCAGUAAGUAACAGGAUCUACCAUGUCGUCUCUCCCGGCUACGUACUGACUCAACUCACGACCGCAGACUACUCAAUCGCUAUACUCGCCCCGUCCCGUCUACUCACCCCCGCCUACUCUCGGGUCUCCACAAACACAAGAACGAGGCCGACUCGAAUAGAUAACGCAGGCUCCGAACAGACACAUCCAGAACCAUCUCACUUCGACCAUCUCCAAGACAGCAAACCAACAUACCAUGCCUACUCCCUACGCCACAUUCGACUUUAACAUCGACUUUGCCGUUCCCGCCGCAUCCCACCAACUCUGCAUCAUCAAAUUCCUCUCCGUCCAAGACUACCCUUCCACCAUUUGGAUCAAAAUUUUCCGCUACCGCUACGCCCGCGACAUUCGCGUCUCUUUUUUCUUCAUCUUCAUCGUCAACGUCGACAUAUCUGGUCCCGUCAACGUCGACAUGUCUGGUCCCGAGCCCGCUGCUGCUGCCCGUGGAGAGUUCAUGCAGGGUGUGAACGGUCACGGACCUGAUGGCAGAGCUCUGCCCGCUGGCGCCGCCGCUGCUGCCAGAAUGGUUGAUCAGGAGAACGAGGGUGCUGGACCCGGUAUCGAUGCCGACGCUGUUGUCUCGGGUACCGAACACGAGGACAAGAAGAAGUCGCUUCCUCGCCGUAUCAAGGACAAGGUUAGCAUGAUGGCUAGCAAGAUCAUCAAGAAAACCUAAGCGUAAACACGCGGGAAAUGUACAAAUAGAGCAGAAUCAAUGGAAAUGAGACAGAUACCCCUGAAGAAAAUGAACAAUUACGCAC